AGCAGAGUUUGAACUUGGCGGGCCUGAUGUGGGCGGCGGCGCGAUGGGAGGCUACUCCACCGUCAGGCGAGCUCGGAAUUUCGGGGGGCUGCACCUCCAAGUCUCGGGUUCGGUCUCGGCCGUCCUCGUGCUCCUCUGUAGUCAGGGCGGGCUCCCGUGGGCAGGAGCUGGUGCCUUUGGACUCGCCGCCUAUGAGCUUCAGUAAUUCGACCUUGUCGCUCUUGUCGCCCCUGAGCCACCGGGGCUUCCCGUUUGGCCCCAACGGGGACGGGGAGAAUGAGGAGCAAGAUGGCGAGCAAGAAGCCCUGCUGGCAGAGGCCAAGGUGGAGAGUUUGAGAGGCAUGGAUUUACAGGGGUUCUCCAGUAACGUGCCUAGAACAGAAGAUAACCAAGAACAGAAACUAGCAUGUUUAGAAGAAAGCAGCCUGACACCAUGGGAACUGUGGUUUGUGGGCAAGGAAAAAGAAGAACGUGACCGUCUGCAACAGAAAGCUAUAGAGCAAUUAAAUCAAGAACUAGAAAAAAUAAAAGAAAUGGAAGAACGUGAGAAAAGAAAAAUAAUUGCUGAAGAAAAGCACAAGGAAUGGGUUCAGAAGAAAAAUAAAGAGAAAAGAAAAGAAAGGGAACAAAAAAUUAAUAAAGAAAUGGAGGAAAAAGCAGCAGAAGAACUGAAGAAAGAACAUUUACAGGAAAAAGCAAAAGAGAAAUAUCAAGAAUGGUUAAAGAAAAAAAAUGCUGAAGAAUGUGAAAAGAAGAAGAAAGAAAAGGAAAAAGAAAAACAACGGCAAGCUGAAUUACAAGAAAAGAAGGAAAUAGCAGAAAAAAAAUUCAAGGAAUGGUUGGAAAAUGCGAAGCAUAAACCUCGUCCUGUUGCAAAGAGCUAUGGUUAUGCAAAUGGAAAGCUCACAGGUUUUUACAGUGGAAAUUCAUACCCAGAACCUGCCUUUUAUAAUCCAAUUCCCUGGAAACCAAUUCAUAUGCCUCCUCCCAAAGAAGCUAAAGAUCUAUCAGGGAAGAAGACAAAACGCCCUAUGAUAAGUCAGCCAAACAGGUCAUCACCUUUGGUAAUUCACAAAGCCAGAAGCAAUCUUUGCAUUGGAAAUUUGUGCAGAAUACAAAGAUAGUACCAAGAGAGUGGAAAGUUGCAUGCUUUUCAUUUUAAAAAUCAGAAGUACUUAUUUACUACUCACUCAGUAAUUUAACAUGUGAUGUAAUUAGUGACUUCAAAUUUUGCAUUUGUGUAUGGAGUCUUCAUACUAAAGUGAGGAACAUAUAUUUUUUUAUUUUUAUAAAUGUUUCAGCAUUGAUUUUGGCAUAUUGUUUUAUAGAAUAAGUAGCUGAAUAAUAAUUGUAUUCUAUUUAACUUGUCUUAAAAUUUACUGUAAAACCAAUAAAACUUA